UUUAUCAGUUCACUUCGUGCUCCUCCACGCGCAGCCUAGUGCGGGAAGUGUAAGCUUGUAACAGUUUCUCUAAAGCCGAAUAAAACCCACCAUCCAAGUUUAGCCAUGGAAGACGAAAUUGCUGCACUGGUUGUUGACAACGGCUCCGGUAUGUGCAAAGCCGGGUUUGCUGGAGAUGAUGCACCCCGUGCUGUCUUCCCAUCCAUUGUUGGUCGCCCAAGACAUCAGGGUGUCAUGGUUGGUAUGGGGCAGAAGGACAGCUAUGUUGGUGAUGAGGCUCAGAGCAAGAGGGGUAUCCUGACCCUGAAGUACCCCAUUGAGCAUGGCAUUGUCACCAACUGGGAUGACAUGGAGAAGAUCUGGCAUCAUACCUUCUACAAUGAGCUGCGUGUUGCCCCUGAGGAGCACCCUGUCUUGCUUACUGAGGCCCCCCUGAACCCCAAAGCCAACAGGGAGAAGAUGACACAGAUUAUGUUUGAGACCUUCAACACCCCAGCCAUGUACGUUGCCAUCCAGGCUGUACUGUCUCUGUACGCCUCUGGUCGUACCACUGGUAUUGUGAUGGACUCUGGUGAUGGUGUCACCCACACUGUGCCCAUCUAUGAGGGUUAUGCCCUGCCCCAUGCCAUCCUCCGUCUCGACUUGGCUGGCCGUGACCUGACUGACUACCUCAUGAAGAUCCUGACCGAGCGUGGCUACAGCUUCACCACCACAGCUGAAAGAGAAAUUGUGCGUGACAUCAAGGAGAAGCUGUGCUAUGUAGCCCUUGACUUCGAGCAGGAGAUGAGCACUGCAGCUUCCUCCUCCUCCCUGGAGAAGAGCUACGAGUUGCCUGAUGGGCAGGUCAUCACAAUCGGCAAUGAGAGGUUCAGGUGCCCGGAGGCCCUGUUCCAGCCUUCUUUCCUGGGUAUGGAAUCCUGUGGCAUCCAUGAGACCACAUUCAACUCCAUCAUGAAGUGUGAUGUCGACAUACGUAAGGACCUGUAUGCUAACACUGUGCUGUCUGGCGGUACCACCAUGUACCCUGGCAUUGCAGACAGGAUGCAGAAGGAGAUCACAUCCCUGGCCCCUAGCACAAUGAAAAUCAAGAUCAUCGCCCCACCUGAGCGCAAGUACUCUGUCUGGAUUGGAGGCUCCAUCUUGGCCUCCCUGUCUACCUUCCAGCAGAUGUGGAUCAGCAAGCAGGAGUACGAUGAGUCUGGACCCUCCAUCGUCCACCGCAAAUGUUUCUAAACAGACUGUUACCACUUCACGAGCCGACUUUAACUGCGCAGAGAACCAGAAACGACAACAUUGGCAUGGCUUUGUUAUUUUUUGGCGCUUGACUCAGGAUCUAAACUGGAACGGUGAAGGUGACGGCAAUGUUUUUGGCAAAUAAGCAUCCCCGAAGUUCUACAAUGCAUCUGAGGACUUAAAAUGUACAUUUUUUUUUUUUGUUAGUCAUUCCAAAUGUUAAUGUUAAAUGCAUUGGUCAGAAACUUAUUUGCCUCUAUGAAGGCUGCCCAGUAAUUGGGAGCAUACUUUGUAGUAUUGCUUAUAUGUAAAUUAUGUAACCGAAAACAAUGUCUGGGUUUUUGUACUUUCAGCCUUAAAUUCUUGGUCUUUUUUUGUUAUGCAAAAACAAAGCUUUACCUUUAUACAAGAUCAUAAAGGUCAACAUCCCCUGGGCAAACAGUCGUAUGGAAAGUGGCGGUGCCAGAUGUUCGGUGGGGCCAACCUUGUACACUGACUAAUACAAACCAAUAAAGUGCACAUGUUGAAGACAUGAAAA